UGUCUCAAAUACAAUGGAGGUUUUAUAUUUUGUUUUAUUCAGAUUGGUGGUGUUCUACAGCCGGUGGAUGAGGUCAUACGCCUAAAGAUAAGAGAACUGGUAUUAGAGGGUGUAACAUCAGUCCAAGAAACCAAACGACAUUUAGAUAUAUUUGUUGCAAAAGACCUGUUUCUCAACAAAAUUAAACCAAAAAAAAACAACCGCAGAUUUUACCCACAUAUUAAUGACAUAAGGAACCAUAUGUAUUUAGCUACAAUGGAAUUAAGACAUUCCAAAAUUGAUCAAAAUGAUUUGGAGGCAAAGAUACAGAUUUGGAAAGAUCAUAAUCCAGAUGAUCAUUACUUUUUUAGACCCUGUGUGGGCAGUUAUACUUCACAAUUUGAGCAAACCAAUGUUGAAGUUGAUAACAUCUUUGAUAACAUUGCUGCUAAAAAUAAUGAUCAUAGCAACAAUUUAUUGUUUGUUCACCAAACCCACUGGCAGCAGCAUCUGUUGAAUAAAUACGGCAAUGAAAUUUGUUUAUUGGAUGCCACAUACAAAACCAUGCGUUAUGCACUGCCUCUUUUUUUUGUCUGUGUGAAAACCAAUGUUGAUUACAAGGUUGUUGGCACAUUCAUAUGCCAAUGUGAAGACAGUUUUUCAAUCAAGGAGGCUUUGCACAUCUUAAAGUCGUGGAACAGCAAGUGGUCACCAUCAUAUUUCAUGACGGAUUACAGUGAGGCAGAAAUCAAUGCUAUAGAAUCAGUGUUUCAGGGCUGUCACGUUUACCUGUGUGAUUUCCAUAGAGAGCAAGCUUGGGAACGUUGGGCAAGAACUGUCAGUCAUGGGGUCAGUGGAAACCGCGAAGACAUACGGUCUAAACUGAGACGGAUAGCCAGAGCAUCAUUAGUUUCAGAAUACGAGACGGCUGUUUGUGACUUGAAAUUGAGUAAAGUUUGGAAAAGUAACAAGCAACUUCAAAACUGGUUUGAAAGAAAUUGGCUGAACCAAAGCAAGCGUUGGGUUUGGUGUUUCCGCAAGACAAGGUUCAAUGUAAUGCUGAACACGAACAAUGGAGUGGAAAGGCAAAACCGUUCACUGAAGCAUGAGUAUUUGUCAUCUCAAGAGAGAUAAGACAUU